AUGUCCUACGAAGUUGGAACGCGUUGCUGGUACCCGGACAAGGAGCAGGGGUGGAUCGGGGGGGAGAUCACGAAGCACCGGCUGGUGGGCGACAAGUACCAGCUCGACCUCACGCUCGAGAACGGCGAAGUGGUCGAGAUCACGGCGCCGAGUGUGGAAGAGGGCUCGUGCGAGGAGCUUCCGCUGUUGCGGAACCCACCGAUUCUUGAGGCGACCGAGGACUUAACGUCGCUCUCGUACUUGAACGAGCCUGCGGUUUUGCACGCGAUCAAGGCGCGGUACGCGCAGCUAAACAUCUACACGUACUCGGGUAUUGUGCUUAUCGCGACGAACCCGUUCGAUCGGGUGGAUCAGCUCUACUCGCAGGACAUGAUUCAGGCGUACGCAGGGCGGCGGCGGGGCGAGUUGGAGCCGCACUUGUUUGCGAUUGCGGAGGAGGCUUACAGUCUGAUGAAGAACAGCAAGCAGAACCAGACGAUCGUGGUGUCGGGCGAGUCGGGUGCGGGCAAGACGGUUUCCGCCAAAUACAUCAUGCGUUACUUUGCGACAGUAGAACAGAGCAAUCUAGUGGGGAGUGGUGGCUCAAUGCAUCACAUUGAGAUGUCGGAGACGGAAAAAAAGAUCUUGGCCACGAAUCCGAUCAUGGAGGCUUUCGGAAAUGCAAAGACGACGCGAAAUGACAACUCUUCACGUUUCGGAAAGUAUCUAGAGAUUCUGUUUGACAAAGAUAUUUCCAUUAUCGGCGCUCGUAUACGGACCUAUCUUUUGGAACGGUCGCGGCUUGUGUUCCAGCCACCCUCGGAACGGAACUACCACAUUUUCUAUCAGCUUUUGGCAGGGUUGCCGGAGGAAACGAAGAAAGAACUGAAGUUGGGUGGUGUAGAGGAAUAUCACUAUAUGAACCAGGGAGGCGCGUCAGAGAUCCAGGGCGUGGAUGACCGCGAGGAGUAUGCUAUCACCACCAAGGCCCUCUCUUUGGUCGAUAUCACAGAGCGCACGCAGACUGCGCUAUUCAAGGUCUUGGCUGCGUUGUUACACAUCGGUAAUAUAGAUGUCAAGAAAACAAGGAAUGAUGCGUCAGUAAGUGCAACUGAUCCUAGCUUGGAGAUUGCAUGUGAGUUGCUUGGCAUUGAUGCAUACAAUUUCGCAAAAUGGAUCACCAAGAAGCAGAUUACGACUAGGUCGGAGAAGAUUGUUUCGAAUCUCAACUACGGUCAGGCCGUUGUGGCUCGUGAUUCCGUUGCCAAAUUCAUAUAUUCUGCAUUGUUCGACUGGUUGGUUGAGAACAUAAAUAAUGUCCUAUGCAACCCAGCAGUGAUAAAUGAAAUUGCGUCCUUCAUUGGCGUCCUUGAUAUCUAUGGGUUUGAACAUUUUGAAAAGAAUUCUUUCGAACAAUUCUGUAUCAAUUACGCGAACGAAAAGUUGCAACAAGAGUUCAAUCAGCACGUCUUCAAGUUGGAGCAGGAAGAAUACGUAAAGGAAGAGAUACAGUGGUCCUUUAUUGAGUUCAAUGAUAACCAACCAUGCAUUGACCUAAUUGAAAAUAAGUUAGGAAUCUUAUCUCUCCUUGAUGAAGAAUCCCGACUCCCAGCUGGUUCGGACGAGACUUGGACACAGAAGUUGUACCAGACUCUAGACAAACCCCCAACGAAUACUGUUUUCUCUAAGCCUCGGUUUGGCCAGACGAAGUUUGUUGUUUCGCACUACGCCCAUGAUGUUGCGUACGACGUUGAAGGCUUCAUUGAAAAGAACAGAGAUACAGUGUCUGACGGCCACCUAGAGGUAUUAAAGGGGUCAACAAAUGAGACUUUGCUUGCCAUUUUAGAAACAAUUGAUAGAAAUGCCGCAAAACUGGCUGAGAAAUUGGAGUCCCAGAAAAAGCCUGGACCUACUACCAGAACUGUUAAUAGAAAACCUACGUUGGGUUCUCUUUUCAAGCAAUCGUUGGUUGAAUUGAUGAGUACAAUUAACUCUACGAACGUACAUUACAUUCGGUGCAUCAAACCGAAUGAAGAAAAGGAGGCAUGGAAGUUCGACAACUUGAUGGUGCUUUCCCAAUUGAGAGCAUGUGGUGUUUUGGAAACGAUUAGGAUUUCAUGUGCUGGGUUCCCAACCAGAUGGACUUACGAUGAGUUUGCCUUAAGAUACCAUAUAUUGGUGCCAUCAACCAAUUGGACUAAAAUCUUUGCCACUGGCACUACUGAAGAAGAGAUCAAUCAGCUUUGUAAAAACAUCUUGGAUACCACAGUUACUGAUAAAGAAAAAUACCAGUUGGGAAAUACCAAGAUUUUUUUCAAGGCUGGUAUGUUAGCGUUCUUGGAGAAGAAGAGAACUGACAAAUUGAAUUCUUCUUCUACUAUGAUCCAAAAGAAGAUUAAGGGUAUUUACUACCGUAGAAGGUACCUCGAGAUCACUAAUGCUAUCAAAAGAACCCAUUCUGUGGCAAAAGGUAAUCUUCUUCGUGCUCGCAUUGACUUGGAAUUCAAGACGUGGGCAGCAAUCACAAUUCAGUCUCUGUACAGAGGAUCCCUUAUUCGCCGCGAUACCAUCCAUCUGUUAGAUUCCAUCAUCAGGACUCAGUCUCUCUUGAGAAGAUCAUUAGCUCGCAAGGAAUUGAGGGCAAGACUCGAAACUGAUGCUGCUAUAACGAUUCAGAAGAACAUUAGAGCAUUCAAACCAAGGACAAGUUACAUUACAAAUAGAAGAAGUACUAUUGUUGUGCAAUCCUUGGUGAGAAGAAGAUUCGCAAAGCGGAAGCUAGAAACUUUGAAACAGGAGGCGAAGUCCGUCAGCCACUUGAAGGAAGUAUCAUACAAACUAGAAAACAAGGUCAUCGAGUUGACAGAGUCGUUGGCUGCUAAGGUCAAGGAGAACAAAGACUUGAAUUCCCGGAUUAAAGAGCUACAGUUGUCUCUAAACGAAUCUGCCAAUAUUCGGGAAUUGUUGAAGACCAAGCAGGAAGAGUAUCGGAAAUCCAUCGAUCAACAGAAGGAUACACACGCUGCUGCCUAUGAAGAGGUUACUGGUAGAUUGACUCUUGCGAUGAAAGAAGUCGAUGAUGCCCGGCAGGAGAUUGACCAGUUGAAGUCCAAGCAAGAGGACUUAAAGUUGGAGGUAAAGGCGAAGAUUGAAGAACUUUCGAAGGUUAGACAAGAUUUGUCUGAUUCUAGAACGCAGAAUUCAGAUUUGUCGAACGAGGUCUCGUCAUUGAAAGAGGAAAUUGCUCGCUUGCAUAAUGCUAUUCGCAAUGCUCCUGCCACUGGCACCUUAUCGCCCACUAGGAGUAAGCGUAUUAGCUCUUACAGCGGUUUAGACAACAUCGGCUCACCUAAACAGUGGAAUGUUGUCUCCCUGAAUAACGGGCUGAUGGAGGAAGAGACUAGGUCCAUUAUGUCACAACUUUCUCAGAUAAACGACGAGCUAUACAAAUUGUUGAACGAUGAUAGACCCUUGACAUCCGAAAUUGUAGAGGGAUUGUUGAAGAGCGGUAAGAUCCCCCAGCCAGGAUUUGCCGCCAACUUAACCCGGAAGGAGGUAUUGUAUCCUGCUAGGGUUUUGAUUAUCAUUUUGAGCGAUAUGUGGAGGUUAGGAUUAACCGAGCAGAGCGAAAGGUUCUUAGCUGAGGUCUUAUCUACGAUUCAAACGUUGGUGACGAACUUAAAGGGUGACAACGUGAUUAUAAACGGUGCCUUCUGGUUGACCAACGUGCGUGAGCUGUACUCCUUUGCUAUUUAUGCGCACGAUUCUAUCCUAAACGAUAAUGCCUACAUUAAGGAUUUGAACGAGGAUGAAUACAAGCAGUACGUCACACUUGUGAGUGUUUUGAAGGAUGACUUUGAGUCAUUAAGCUAUAAUAUCUACAACAUUUGGUUGAAGAAAUUGCAAAAAGAAUUGGAAAAGAGGGCCGUUUCAGCUGUUGUUAUGUCUCAGUCUCUUCCAGGGUUCAUUGUACCUGAAUCCUCUGCUUUUUUGCCAAAGAUAUUCUCGAGCUCCAGCAGCUACAAGAUGGAUGAUAUUCUAACUUUUUUCAACACGAUAUACUGGUCCAUGAAGGCGUACCAUGUGGAAACGGAAGUGUACCGUGAGGUCAUAAUGUCGUUAUUGCGGUACGUUGAUGCCAUCUGCUUCAAUGACUUGAUCAUGAAGCGGAACUUCCUGUCUUGGAAGCGUGGCUUGCAGUUGAACUACAAUGUGACGAGAUUGGAGGAGUGGUGCAAGGUUCAUCACAUUCCCGAAGGUAGCGAUUGUCUAGAACACAUGCUGCAGGCUUCAAAGUUGUUACAGCUAAAGAAGGCCAACAUGGAGGACAUCAACAUUAUUUGGGAGAUCUGUUCCUCUUUGAAGCCAGCUCAAAUCCAGAAAUUGAUUUCGCAGUACUCCGCCGCAGACUAUGAAGUACCUAUCCCUCAGGAGAUCCUCAGCUUCGUGGCAGACAGAGUCAAGAAGGAGUCUGCGCUCUCCAAUGACGGCAAGUCGGCCUCACACAGCAGUGACAUCUUUUUGCCCGUGGCCACCGGUUCUUUCGCGGAUCCGUUCAGUCAGAUAGAACCACGCGAGAUCAACAAGAUAGAGGCUCACAUUCCGGCUUGGUUGAACUUGCCAAUAUCAAGACGGGUCGUAGAGUUGAUUACAGAAAAUGUCUCUGCUCAGGAAUCCCAGGCACAGGACUUGGAGUAG